GGAGUUCCCGAGUUCUGAGUUCUAGAGAAUAUAAUUCCUCCCGCUUCCUCUCCACCUGCUGCCACCGCCUCAGCCUUGCCUGCCCUGAUCUGGACCCACGGCUAUUCAGGAAGCAUGAGGGCCCUCUGGGAGACAGCUGAGUACCUUGCCAGGACCGGGGCGAGGUGUCCCGGCAAAACUGGAAGUAUGGACGCAGGCAGCCCAGGCAUCCAUCCUCACAUCCCCAGGAUCUGGACUCUUCCCCGACAAGUCCAGUGGAGUUUCUGGCAGCUAGGGCUCUCCAAGGCCCUUGGCCCACUGCAAGCUGCCUGGGUCGCCUUCUCUCAGCCUGUCCCAACCAGCUGCAGCCAGCUGCUGACCCAGCUCCUCCUGUGCGGUUCCCUGGCUGUCGCCGCUGCCGGUCUGACGCGCCACUGGCUGGUGUCCUCGCUGCUUUAUCCCCCGGGACCCUCAGCCACGGUGGCCACUGUGUGUGGCCUCCUGGUCUUCCUGGUGCUGGGCUCGGUGCCCCCCGCCCGCUGUCUGUUCGCACUCAGCGUCCCCAGCCUGGGCACGGAGCAGGGCCGCCGCCUGCUCCUGUCCUGGAGUGCUGCCACCCUGGGUGCCGCCGUGGUGCCCAACGUCUUGGCCAACGUGGGCGCGGCCGGGCAGGUGCUGAGAUGUGUCACAGAGGGCUCCCUGGAAAGUCUGCUCAACACCACUCAGCAGCUGCACGCGGCGUCCAGGGCCCUGGGCCCCACCGGCCAAGCGGGCAGCCGGGCCUUGACGCUGCAGGCCCCGGGCAACGGUUCUGCGUUCCGGCUCCACGUGCUCAGGGCCACUCAGCAGGUGCUGGAGGACUUCUCUGGCCUGGAGUCCCUGGCCCAGGGGGCAGUGCUCGGGGCCCAGCAGGUGGUCACAGGGCUCUUUACGCUGGGCCUCCUGGUGGACUCGGGCCGGUACCUCCAUCGCUACCUGACUGACCUGCAGUUUGACAAUAUCUACGCCACACGGCAGCUGCUUUGGCAGCUGCAAGAGGCCCAGGCCAUGCACCUGGUGGCCUCCCCACCAGCCUGGCUGCUCUGGGCAGCCCGGCCGAAGCUGUCCCCGGGGGAGCUGCUGUGUUGUCUCCUGAGGCUGGGGCUGCUCACCCUGCUCCUGAUGGCCACAGCUGUGACGGUGGCCACAGACCACGUGGCCUUUCUCCUGGCUCAGGCCGCCGUGGACUGGGCCCAGAAGCUGCCCACAGUGCCCAUCACGCUCACGGUCAAGUACGAUGCCACGUACACGGUCCUGGGCUUCGUCCCCUUCCUCUUCAACCAGCCCCCUCCGGAGAGCCCCUUCCUCUCCACUCACAACUCCUUGCAGUGGGAGCUCCGCUUCACCUCCCCGGGCUGCCCGCUGCUGCCCGCCCAGCGCCCCCGCACCGCCGCCCCCCUGGUGGCCGGGGCCCUGCAGCUGGCGGCUUGUGCCACGGUCCUGCUGGAGACCUACGCCCGGCGCCUGCGGCACACCAUCGCCGCUUCCUUCUUCUCGGCCCAGGAGGCCAGGAGGGUCCGCCACCUUCAUGCCCGGCUCCAGCGCAGAUACGACGGGCAUGGAGGCCAGCGGCCGCCCCCGGGGCCCCCCUCCUGUCCCGACCCCCGGGCCUGCCAGGCCUGCCAGCACCCACCCAGCACGGAUAGCCAGGCCUACGCGUGCUGGAUGCUGCGAAGAACAGAGGGUGCGAGGGCCGAGGGGAGGCGCCUGGGAGCCGCACAGACCUUGGUCCUCCUGCUGCCCUGCUGUGUGACCUUGGGUAGAUUGCUUCACCUCUCUGAGCCUCAGUUUCCACGACUGCAUAAUAAUAACCCAUGUGACCUACUUUCCACCUGGGGAUGUGGGAGAGAAGGAAUUCGAUAUUGGGCAUAAAAGACUUCAAGAAGCAGUAAAACCCUUGGCACAGUGAAGACCAGAAAGUGUGGAGACAGCUCGAGGUUCCUCCCAGCCAGUUGGGGGGUCAACCAAGGCUCUCCUCUGUAUCCACUGCUUUCCCUGGUAGACGGAAACUUCACAUGGCGAAUGCCUCUAAACGCUCCUACAACUUAUUUAUAUGUCCCCCGAAUCCUCCUUAGAUUUAGCGAUCUAAAAUUUUCUUGAUUUUAUAAACAAGGUAUUUAUUAAAUCCUAAAUUAAGGUAUGUUAACACUUUUUGUUUCAAAUUCCUUUGGGGAUUUCAUCCGGGGUUGCCAGGGUUGAGCAAAUAUAAAUACACGACACCCGGUUCCAUUUGAAUUUCAGAUAAAUAACAAAUAUGGCUUUAGUAUAAGUACCUUCUUGGGGCAUUCUUAUUCCUAAACAUACUGAUACCAAACCUGUAUUUGUAGCUUAUCUGAAAUUCAAAUGGGACUGAGUAACCCAUAUUUUAUCUGGCAACUGCAUCCUCAUUGAAAUUCUAGGAAAAGGGGGAUCCCUGGGUGGCUAAGUGGUUUAGUGCCUCCCUUUGGUCCAGGGCGUGAUCCUGGAGUCCUGGGAUCGACAGGCACGGAGGCCAGCGGCUGCCCCCGGGGACUCCUUCCUGCUCCCAACGCCUGGGCCUGCCAGCCUGGGUAAGAGGUAAGGACCCUGGUAAGAGGGUCCUGGGACCCCCUUUCAUCGGGCUCCCUGCAA